UCUGUACGGAGACAGCGUACCCGCCGGUCGCUCAGGAACGAGCUGAGCAUAGCGGGAGUCCGACGGAGCGGCCCUCUGAUUGGUCGAGCGGUUGGAAAGGGGCGGGUCUAACAUCCCCCAUCCCAUCUCCCUGCUCUCCCCUCCUCCUGCCUGCCAACAGACCGAGGAGACAAUAGCUAGGAGGACAGCGCUCAAGGGGACCCUGCUGCGAAAUGCCAAGAGGCAGCACGAAUACACCUCGACAGUGGUGGUUCAGUGUCGCGCGGAGUGAGCAGGACGCGUCCACGGUUGUCGGUUCCAUCCCCAGCUCCACCGGGGUAGUAUGCCGUCGUGUCAGCCGCUCUGUUUAUCACCUGCACGGCUUAAUGGGCCGGACUUCCAGAGCCCUCGGAUGUGGACGGAGUGAAUGUAACACCAGGCAUUAGCCACCGCCCUAGCCGUCCCAGCUGAUAGCCAGACCCCCCCCUCCACACCCCGCCGGUGGUGUGUUCCACCCUCCCUGGUCCGCCCUCCUGCCGCCGUCCCCCUGCACACAGCCCCGCACUAUGAGUUCCUCCCCGCUGGGGUCCCGGGCCAACAUGGACAUCCUGGACGAGUUGCAGCUGAUCGCAGCGCAGAACCUGGAGCGCCUGGAGGUGAACAAGUACUACGAGGUGAUCCGAGAGCUGGGGAAGGGCACCUACGGCAAGGUGGACCUGGUGCUCCACAAGAUCAGAGGUACAAAGAUGGCGCUGAAGUUCCUGAAGAAGAAGACGACGAAGCUGAAGUCCUUCCUGCGGGAGUACAGCGUGUCGCUCUACCUGUCGCCAUGCCCCUUCGUCAUCAACAUGUUCGGCAUCGCAUUCGAGACGGACGACUACUACGCCUUCGCCCAGGAGUACGCUCUGGCCGGGGACCUGUUCGACAUCAUCCCCCCACAGGUGGGUCUGCCGGAGGUGGUGGCUAAGCGUUGUGUGCACCAGGUGGCCAUCGCCCUGGACUACCUGCACGGCAAGAAGCUGGUCCACCGGGACAUCAAGCCCGAGAACGUCCUCAUCUUCGACCGGGAGUGCCGCAAGGUCAAGCUGUCCGACUUCGGCAUGACCCGCCGGGCUGGCUCCCCUGUCAAGCGGGUGAGCGGAACCAUCCCCUACACCGCGCCGGAGCUGUGCGACAUGUCUCGCCACGAGGGCUUCUGCGUGGACUACAGCACCGACGUGUGGGCCUUCGGCGUGCUCCUCUUCUGCAUGCUGACGGGCAACUUCCCCUGGGAGAAGGCGCUGCCCUCAGACUCCUUCUACCAGGAGUUUGUGCGCUGGCAGCAGCGCCGCCGCAUCUCCGCCCUCUCCAUCUCCCUCUCCUCCUCCUCCUCCUCCUCCUCUUCCUCCGUGCCGUCCCAGUGGCGGCGGUUCACCGAACAGGCGCUCCGCAUGUUCCGCCGGCUCCUGGCGGUGGAGCACGAGCGCCGCUGCUCCGUCAAGGAGGUGUUCGCCUACUUCAGCCACUCCUGGAUGCUGGACAGCGACAGCAACAACAACAACCACCACAACGUCAACGUCAACAACAGGGAGGAGGAGGAGGAGGUGCUGGUGGAGAGGAUGAGGCAGCAGACCCUCUCCCCGCUCUCUCCCCUCUCCCCCCUCUCCCCCCUCUCCCCAGGAGGACACCACCACUUUGUGUCCGUGUCCACCAACAGCUCCGUGUCGUCCACCAACAGCUACGAGCGCGUCCCGCGGGAGAACGGCUCACCGGGCGGACACAUGCUGGUCACCACGCCCAUUGAGAUCUGUGUCUGACGAGUCGACACACACACACACCACACACAUGCACACACACACACACACACACACACACACCGAAACAUCACACACCCACACCAACCACAGAAACAGACACACACACAGACAAAGAUAAACACUCACACCACAAACACACUCACCACACACACACACACACGCCUACACGUGAUGCAAACUUUUAUACCACUUCCGAACCCCUUGCAUGUACUCAAAUGAUUGCAUGUCAGCACAAACAAACACACAAACAAAGAAAGCCGACACACAUGAACACAUGGAUGACCAAUACCUUUACAAGAAGUACGGAAGUAAUUUGAAGGAUGAAUGGAUGAAGGUUGUGAUACUUGAUGAACACCAAGCGAGCUGUCCUUUGUCUACUUUGAGAAGCAAACAGUGACGUCGCUGGCGUUGACUGAGUUUCCUCCACAUAAUGAACUGCACUAGUAAGGAGAGGGACACACCAGCGGGACUCUGGGAGCGCUAAGGAUGUUUCUCUUCAGCCAAUACGGUCGGGAAACACAAGAGAAUCGAACGACUCCAAUUCGCUUCCAUUGAAAAAUUCUGCAACAAAAAAAUGUGUUGGGGGAAAAAAAGACCAAAUCGUGUUUCCUAAAGCAAUAUUUUAAGCAAAAAAAAAGAAUAAUAAUAAUUAAACGAAGACAUUGAUGGGGAUGCGAGGAGGUGUCGUUUUGAAGAAGCCACGUGUCGCCCAGACAUUCUGUUCGUUAGUCUCUGUUAAGCUAUAAACUCCAACUUGGCUUCAGUGAAAACUGGGGUUUCAACAUUCAACACAUUUAACAAUAUAUAUAUAUAUAUAUAAACAGUAUAUAUAUACAUAUAAAUAAAUAUCGCCGUUCAUUGAGUAUGAAUGAUUCAAAAUGGUGCGCGUGUUUCUCUUAAUUCCAGAUCCUUAUUUAUUUUAAAACAAUCGUACAAUUUCCAAAUUCUAUUUUUGUUCAGCUACCAGCUUUGUAGAGCAGCUUGUGUUGACUUCCUGUCUUUGUUAUUUGGCGGGUGUAUUUGGCGUGUGCCAACAUGGUGUACAAUAGUUUGGUUUGUUUCUGUACAUACUUGAACCUCUUGGAUGUACACAUCACAUUGGGGGUGCUGAAGGCGUGGGUCAGGGAGCAGAGGGGGGAAAGGGGGCAGAGGAGUGAGAUUAAGAAGGAGGAGGUGAACUGUUGGCUGACACGUGUCCGCUCCUAACGCGGUCAACAGGCUCAUGAUGACUUUGUUUCUGCUUCUCGGACUCAAACAUAUCUACUUCAUGAAUCUACUUCAUGGAUCUAGUUCAUGAAUGUACUUCAUGGAUCUACUUCAUGAAUAUACUUUAUGGAUCUAAUCGAUGAAUUUACUUUAUGGAUCUACAGUACUUCAUGGAUAUAUUUUGUGGAUCUGCUUCAUGGAAAUACUUCAUGGAUCUACUUCAUGAAUGUACUUCAUGGAUCUACUUCAUGGAUCUGCUUCAUGAUUCUACUUAAAGGAUCCACUUCAUGAAUAUACUUCAUGGAUCUACUUCAUGGAUCUACGUGGUGGAUCUACUUCCCUGAUCUACUCCAUGGUUGAACGGCUGCUCUCUCCACAUGACCACGUCUGGUCAUUUUAUGUUUGUACAGAUUGUCCUUUUUUUCAUGUUCAUGAAGUAUUAUCUGAGAGAAAAUAUAAAUUUAAAGGAAAUGCUAGUUUAGCAAUUAUGAUUUAACUUGAAAAAAACAACAACUCUUUGAAGAUGUACUUUUUCUUUUUACAUAAAUGUGCAUGAUAAUUGACUCCAGAUCUGAACUGACCAAACUAAAAAAUAUUAAGAAAAACAAACAAAACCGAGAAAAAAAAGAAAACUGUACAAUAUUGUGAUGUGGAAUUUUGCCGUAGCACAAUUACAUUAUUUUAAUGUUACAUGACUGUCCUGACUGAUAAUAACUGUUAUGGUAUACUGGGACAGCGUAGUGCUAAAAAAAGACUUCAACAGCUAAUUAGUUUGGGUCCAAUGUGAUGUAUUUGUACGCUCUUAAUGUUGUGUUCAUUUCAACACCUGCGGGAAGAGGAAAACAUUUCUUUAGGCUAAGCAUGAAAGAAAUUGUGUAUGGCGCGUAGUAGGUACUAUAAAAACAUGGCACUAGUAUUUAAUUUCCACAUUUCGAGGAGCUAUAGCUGUAGAUCCAGUUUUCAAAGUAAAGAGAUUUCCCUGAAUCACGAAAAUGCCGUAGUGGACAGUUCCAUGGUUUUGGAAAAAAUAAAAGUCCUGCCAUGCUUUGGUUUUAUCCAUGCUAUUCAACGAAAUGCAGAGGACUUUUACUUUGAAAAACCGGAAGUCGUACCUGUGAUAAUAGGCAAGAACAACAUGUUGCAAUUUCCAGAAAUUAUUUGCAUGAAGGUGUAUGUUCUAAAGCUCUAUUUAUAAAAAAAAAAAAUGCUGCUAAGCUACACAGCACAGUAGGUCACUCCUUACUGUGUAGUUCAAAGAGGCUCAUAGAAAUACAUUAUUAUGUUAUGGCAGGUUGUAAGCAUAGGAAACGCCAAAAUAGUUUCCAAAAGGUUUUGGACCUAGGCUUCAAGGGUCCACAACGAGGACGGUGUUCACAGAACGUAGCCACAGAUCGAGUAUGCUAAUGGAGGGUACAUCUUGUGACAAUCUAUGACCUCAUGGACUGCGCCCUCACUCAACACUCAACAAUGGCCCACUGUGCUACCAAAACAAAACAAGAAACAGUCUAUGCUUUUUUUUUAGAAGUU